AUGGCCGCAGAGAAGAUCAGUCUGUACAAUCUAGCAGACCUCAAAAAUACAUCCGAUGACGCUCUCCCCAACUACCUCAACUCCCUGAAAUUCAAACAAUCCCACUUCCUGACCGACGUCCGGCUGGCCCUGGGCUACGGCGCGUUCGUCAUUGCAGCCGCUUGCUUCGGAUGGGACUACAAAUUCGGCUUCGACAACACAAAGUACUACACUGCCGCGGCUGUUGCCGUAUACGCCCUGCUCAAUGGCUUUCUGACAUUUUGGAUGGCGGCCGUGGAGAAGGGCACUGCGUACCAAGGAACGACCCCGUCAGGAGAGCGGAUCACGAUCCGCACCAGGACAAAGAAAAACGACCCGACGUACUACGUCACUGUCAUCUCGGAACAAAAGACUGGCCAGCCGAAAUCUCUUGAGAUUUCGAAACCCUUCGCGUCAUGGUUCGACGAGACUGGCCGCUUCGUGCCCAAGCCCUUUCAGGAAUUCCUGGCUACUUCCGUCCCAGCUAUUGGCAAGCAGGACCCCAAGAAGAUCAUGUCGGCUUCGCAGGACGUGUAUGGUGCCAACACGGAGGUUUUGGAUGCCAUGUUGACUGGGACUGGGGCUGCUGGGACUGCCACGGGUGCGGCUGCGACAGGGGCCAAGGGCAAGCGGAGAAAAGCUUAA